UUUUUAAAGAACACCGCUGAUACCUACACUAGCUAGCUAUGGCUCUAUCCGCCUUUCAUUAUCCCCAAAGAGAGAUUCAUCAUUCUUCUAGAGCUCCAUGACGGCUACCCAAUCAAUCCAUGCUGCCUUGAUUUUGGCCAAUGCUAUCUUUGGCCUUGGAUCUAUUGUGGGCGCCUUGGGCAUUUCCCAAGAUACCAAUCCCUUGUCCUUUACGUUUGUUCGAGAAAUUUGCUCUGGAGGAAUCUUAUGGGCGUUGAGUGCUCUCUGUAGCAACAGCAAUCAGAAGACGCUGCCCGAAUUAUCUCAGUUGCGUUCCUUCUGGAAGCUGGGGUUUCUACUUUUUCUCAAUCAAGCAGGAUACAUUGUGGGAAUACUGCUGGCAGGUCCUGUUACAGGAAGUAUAUGGCAACCCAGUGCUCCUAUCAUAACUGUUGCCAUUUCAAUGAUUGGAGGCUUGGAACCAUGGAAUGCAAGAAGAGUCAUGGGAGUCAUGGUGGCUUUUGGAGGAUGUGCUGCCAUGGUCAUUCUCAGUGACAGAGCAUCAGAUGACACUCAUGGUGGAACCCUCAACUUUUGGCUUGGCAAUGCUUUGUUCCUGAUGAACUGCACCGCCACUGCUUUCUACAUUCUCUCUUCAAAACCGGUCUUGCUCAACUAUCCAGCUUUGACCGUAACUGCAUGGUCCUACCUUCUGGCAUCUGUAUUCAUGUUGAUUGCUGCCUUGUCUUCAGCCUCAGUUCCCUCUAUUGACACGUUGAUUUGCCCAGCAUGCAGUCUACAAGAGGGUACAUUUCCAACCAUCACAAUCCCACGAGCCACCUUCCCUGCGCUCACCUAUUACAUUCUCUUUCAAUCUGUGGCAUCCUGGGGAUUGAUUCUUUGGGCCAAUCAAUAUGCAACUGGAACUCUGGUUGUGGGAUACAGUGUCACCCAGCCCAUAAGUUCCAUCUUCUUUACAACUCUAUUUCUUUUCACUCAUUUGGUGCAAUCUUGCCAAUCAAACGAGGAGGGACCUUGUCUUAGUGAACCAGGUUUUGGAACCUUCUGUGGUAUGGCUGGGGUGGCAUGUGGCUUGGCACUUGUGGUUCGAACGGAACCAACAGCAAAACUGGAAGACGGAACCAAGCCAACAACAAAAGUGGAAGAUGAUGACACUAUUGAAACUCCUUUGACUGCGUCUGUAGAUUAUGGCAGCCUAAAUCUCUUCAUGGAGACGAAAAAGAGGCCGAACUUAUUGGUUGAUGAUGAGCUAUCUGGUUUGUUGGUAGUGUCUAAAAACCAAGGCGACGAUCUGUGAGCGCCACACGGGGAGAGGGUGCACGUCCCGAAUGGCGGGUAAGACGAGGCAAUCGCGGUUGUCCGUUGCCCAGCUAUGGGUCCCGAUUUCAAACAUCGUGAUGAUAGAAUUUGUAUCCUUUCUUUGGUUUUUCUAAUCUUAUGCAUUCAUUUUACAUAGAAUCAGUCUUUUUAACUGU